AUGGUGAUGCUAUCUCUGUUACUCUUUUUCUCGGCGCUGCCUUCUCAUAUGGCAAAGUCUUCUAAUCAUUCUGAUCAACAAGCUCUCAUGGCUUUCAAAGUUUCUAUCUCUCUCGAACCAUAUAAUUCCUUGUCAGAUUGGUCUCCCAAUCACACCUUCUGCAAUUGGAUAGGAAUCACCUGCUCUUCUCGUCGACAGCGUGUGGUUUCCUUGAAUCUCACUGGUAAGGGAUUACUUGGGUCAAUCUCUCCCUCCCUGGGAAAUCUUUCCUUCCUUAGAGUACUUGCUCUCCCUAUUGAUAGCUUCAAAGGCCAUAUUCCAUAUCAGCUUGGAAUGCUAUUUCGCCUGAAAAGGCUUCGGUUGUCCAAAAACAAUUUGGAAGGUAUCAUUCCAUCCUCUCUAGGAGGCUGUCGUUCUUUACAAUUUCUCUUACUGUCGUAUAACAAUUUAAGUGGAAGCAUUCCCGCUGAAUUUAGUCUUCUUUCAAAUUUAGAAACCAUGGCAUUAGGCUUAAAUAAAUUGACAGGUGUUAUCCCACCUUUCUUAGGAAACCUGUCCUUUUUAAGAAUUAUUGCCUUGGAACAAAAUAGACUGCAAGGUGUUAUUCCUGCUGAGUUGGGAAGGCUAUCUGAGUUGCAAGAAGUGUAUUUGUGGGGAAACCGACUCACUGGAGAAAUACCCAGCACAGUGGGUAAUUGGACUCAGCUGCAAGUGCUGGAAUUGAACAACAACCAAAUGACCGGCACAGUGCCUCUGGGAAUUGGGAAAAUGCAGCAGCUGAGUUGGUUUAAUUUGUGGCAUAAUCAUUUGGUUAUUGGAAGCAGUGGUUUAUCUAUUUUAACAGUGUUAACUAAUUGCUCCAGCUUGGAACAUCUUGAUUUGGCAUUUAAUUAUUUUACUGGUGUCCUGCCCACUUCAAUUGGUCGCCUUUCAAAGUCACUCUCGUAUCUAGCUUUGAACUCAAAUGAAAUUAGGGGAAGUAUACCAGAUGAGAUUGGUAAUCUCACAAACUUGACUCUAUUAGAUCUAAAUGCAAACCAGUUAAAUGGGACAAUUCCAUCUGCACUCAGUAGACUUCCAAAUCUGGAAAGAUUAUAUUUGCACACAAACAAUUUACAGGGAAGAAUUCCAGAAAGUUUUGGCCAAUCAAAAAAGCUUGGAUUGUUGUCACUCAGUGAGAAUAUGCUUUCAGGCCAAAUUCCAGAAAGUCUGGGCAAGCUUCCACAAUUACGCGAUCUUAUUCUUCAUCACAAUCAACUAUCAGGCAAAAUACCUGCCAGUUUAGGGAGAUGUCAGACAUUGGAAACGGUGGACUUGGCCAACAACAAACUAUCCGGAAAUCUACCUCCUGAAGUUGCGGGUCUUCAGAAUCUCCAGUUCUAUUUCAACAUUUCCAAAAAUUUACUUCAAGGUUCUAUUUUGGAAAUGAGUAAAAUGGUUAUGGUUUUAGCUAUAGAUGUUUCUCAAAAUAAUUUCUCAGGAGGCAUUCCCAGUGCACUGGCAAGCUGCAAGGAGUUGGAAUACCUAAAUCUUUCUUCGAGUGCAUUCGAGGGGCCAAUCCCUCCAUUACUGGCAGAUCUACAAAAUCUGCAGUACAUGGAUCUUUCUUGCAAUAAUUUGUCAGGAAUGAUACCCGUGGCUUUCAAAAAGAUGAAAAUGCUUCAGCAUCUCAAUCUCUCUUCAAACAUGCUAGCUGGAGAGGUACCAAGGGAGGGGCUUUUGUAA